AUGUCUAAUGCAAGCUGGGAUGAUGUCACCGUUAUCGGUAAGCACAAACAGGGUGGUGCAAAAGCUACCGUCGCCAGAUCACAAGCACAAAUCAAUGCUGCUGCCCGAACCGGUGGUAUUCUCGCUGUUGAAAAGAAGUGGGCCGGUGGCAGCAACAAGACUGGUGACCCUGAAGGUCAAAGAUUAGCUAAAAUUGAUAGAGAUAAUGAAGUUGCACCUCCUGCUAAAGUUGACGUUAGCGUCGGAAGAGCUAUGGCUAAAGGGAGACAGGAAAAGAACCUCACACAAAAAGAACUAGCACAACGUGUAAAUGAGAAGCCAAAUGUUAUUAAUGAUUAUGAAGCUGGAAGAGCUGUUCCAAAUCAGCAACUUCUUGGUAAGAUCGAACGAGCACUUGGCGUUAAACUCCGGGGUAAAGAUAUUGGAAGCCCUCUUGGUGGUCCCAAAAAGAAAUAA